GAAAGAAAAAAAGAUAGAAAGAAAAGAAUGACAGCUAUAGUAUAGUAACAGGAAAAAUGAACAAAAGAAGGAAAUUUAAAGAAAUAAAGAGAGAUUCAAAAGAAGGAAAGAUAGGCAGAAAGAAAGAAAAUAGAGAGGAAGAAAGCUCAAACUAUCCAGUCAUAAAUAAAGAAGAAACUUUUAUCAAUUUCCUUGGCUGAAAAAAUAGUUACGAAAGAAACCACGUUUAUCAACAUACACACAAAUGCAUAUGCGGGACUGUCAAACAAUGUAUUUCAGUGUGUGCGAUACGGACGAUCAUUCGAAACCCGAUCUUUUUAAAGCAUAACAGAAGUGAAAAUUUCUCCUUUUACCGCUUACAAAUGACAGAGCCACCACCAAUUUCUAGGAAAUAUGGACACUACAAGAAUUUUCAUUGAGUACAACCAGGCAAAAUGGAGAACCCAGCUAUUACUUUUAUCAUCCUCCUGUGGACUCUUGCAAAGAUUUGCUUCUACAACUUCCUUGGUUUUAUCGACAACAUCAUCCCGGGUGAGUGGAAGCCGAAGAAGGAUGUCAGCAAGGACAUCGUGCUGAUAACCGGUGGAGGAUCCGGCAUCGGGCGAUUGAUGAGCCUGUCCUUCGCUGAGCUUGGUGCAACGGUCAUUAUAUGGGACAUCAACAAUGAAACUGCACAAGGAGUGGUCAAAGAGAUUAGAGGGGCAGGAGGUAAGGCAUACAGCUAUGUAGUGGAUUGUUGUGACAACGAGGCUGUCUACAAGACCGCUGAUAAAGUGAGGGAAGAUAUUGGUCAUGUGACUAUCCUAAUCAACAACGCAGGCAUAGUUUCCGGGAAGAAGCUUUUGCAGUGUCCGGAUCGUCUCAUCAAGAAGACCAUGGAUGUCAACAUCAAUGCUCAUUUCUGGACACUGAAAGCUUUCUUGCCUAACAUGUUGGAGAAGAACCAAGGUCACAUAGUAACCAUCGCUUCUCUUGCCGGCCAUCUUGGAGUGAGUGGCCUUGUGGAUUACUGCGCCAGUAAGUUUGCGGCUGUCGGAUUGGAUGACGCCCUCUAUCACGAGCUACAGUACACCGGGAAGUCGGGUGUAAAGUGUACAGUGGUGUGCCCCUUCUACAUCAAGACAGGCAUGUUUGAUGGUGUCAAAGCAAAACGAGCCGUCAUGGUAGACCUACUGGAACCUGACUACGCUGUGGAGAGGAUUAUGCUUGCGAUCAGAACAAACCAACGUGUUCUGAUCUUGCCGAGGAGUCUUUACUUCUUUCCCGGUCUCAAAAACCUGUGGCAUCCCUUAGCAGUUCAAACUGCCUAUGAUUUCAACGGCAUCCAAGACAUGAUGAACACAUUUACUGGACGUAUCAAGACAGAUUGAUUCCAAUUCCUCUUAUUUUUUCACCUUCUGUAUGAAUCAUAACUAUCCGAUCCAAAUCACUAGAAUGAAAUUGAUUGUAAUGUUAAAGGUCAAGUCCACCCCUGCAAAUGUUGAUUUGAAUAAAUAGAGAAAAAUGAAACUAGUAUUAAACACUGAAAAAUUCAUCAAAAUCGGAUGUAAAAUAAGAAAGUUAUGGCAUUUUAGAGUUUUUUAUUUUCUUAUUUUACAUCCGAUUUUUAUAAAAUUUUCAGUGUUAUGCUUGUUGGAUUUUUCUCUUUUUAUUCAAAUCAAUUUUUUGUUGGGGUGAACUUGUCCUUUAACAUUGAGGUGUUAAAAACAACUUCUAGAAAACUUUUAAAAAGGAAACCAUGAUUGAUUUAACUCCUAAAGUUUUUCUUGUAGAGAAAUCAUGUGACCAAACAAAAGUAUAUUAAAAUGUUUUCACUUUUGGAAUAUAAAGCAGUUAAUUACAUCUUGAUUUCCGUUGGCGAGACACUCUCACAUCCUCUGCGAGCUAGAUGUACAUGCUCUCUGUCUUUGGCUUCCAUCUUGCAUCGAAAGUGAUAGUUUGACAAUUGCUUUUAUCAACAGUGAUUUUAUUUUUUACUGUAUCAUUCCAUAUCAGAUGUAAUUUGAAAUAGCUCAGGAAUGAGGAUAUAAUCGAAAUGUAGAUUGUAAAUAUAUAAUAAUGACUUUAAAUAUAGAAAUAAGUUUGAUAAAUCCAUGGAAUAUAUUUUUAUUAUGUAUAUGUAGAUCUACAUAAUUAUGGUUUUCACUUAUUGUGAAUCUGAAUUGAUUAAAGUGUGUUUUAAACUAUUUCACAGGGGAAAAUAAUGUCAUUUAUUCUAGGGUAUUUUUAAAUCUGCAUUUCAUAGAGCAUCAUUUGUAGUUUUAAUUAGUUAUUUUCAUUUGUACAGGAAGACUCUCUCAGUAUCAAAUGAUUUUUUUUUUAUAGAGGCACAGCUCACCCAUAAACGAUACAGUACUAGAAACAAACAAAGUUUGGAAUUUUUUUUUUUCAAGCCACUUACAUAGGUGGUUUGAUUUAUAAGUUGGUAUUACAACCUCAUGUUACAUAACGACACAAUGGGAAUAUUUGUCAAGCCUGAAAAAUAAAAACCAUUAAUAAUCACCCCCCCCCCCC